AUGCAGGGCCGGGACGGAGCAGCAUCUCCAGCUGGCGCCAUGGCUGACAAUGAAAGCGAGGAUCACAGCAUUAGGGUUCCAGGCGGCAGCAGCCCAAGCGGGGCUGCUCCUGCUGCUGGCACUCUUACUGUGCGGCCCAGCUUCAGCGUCCGCCUGGUGACAAUUGACUACUACAUGGCUCGGCCCCUGCAAGGCAUGGACGUCUGCUACUCCCACUUCCAAGGCACCGCAGUUGCCCAGGUUCCUGUUGUCCGCAUUUUUGGCUCCACCCCUGGGGGCCAGAAGACCUGCUUGCACCUGCACCAGGCCUUCCCCUACUUCUACGUGCCCUAUGAAGAUACCAUGCCACAGGACCUCACAGAAGCGCUGGCGCACGUGCGGCGCUUUGCAAGCGCGGUGGAGAGGGCGAUGAAGCUGACGAGCAGCGUGAGCGCCAAGCGGCAGCACGUGCAUGGGGCGAGCCUGGUGCGCGGCCGCGACAUCUACGGCUACCACCCCGCGGAGCAGCUCUUCAUCAAGGUCGUGCUCUACUACCCGCAGGAGGUCAACCGGGUUGCUACUAUCCUUCAGAGUGGCGCGAUCCUGGGGCGGCGCUUCCAGGCAUACGAGGCGCACAUCCCAUACCUGCUCCAGGUGAUGGUGGACUACAACCUGGUGGGCAUGGCGCACGUCCACUUCUCCCGCGCCCUCUUCCGUAGCCCCGUCCCCGCCCGUCGCGCCUCCCUAACUCGCCCCAGGUUCGGUAGGAGCGCCGAAACGCAUGGGGGCGCCGAAGCACAGGGCAGCCCUGAAGCGCAGGGAGGCCCUGUUGAGGCGGACCUCACCGCGAGUGGCAGAAAGGCGGGCAGGAGGCGCCACCGGUACAGCUUAGACGGGGCCUCCAUCAAGAUCGAGUAUGAGCAAGAUGCGUCCGAUGCGGACCGGAGUGGUCCAGUCGGGAGCCCGGCCAGUAGCCUCGAGGCGCACGAGAGAGAACGGCCUGUGUAUGUUCAGGGGACGGUGGCUGCGGACUGGAUCUGGGGGGCUGCAGGUGGGGUUAGCCAGGCGGGGGGGCAGUCACGUGUGCCCGUGAAGCAGAGCUGCUGCGAGCUGGAAGCGGAUGCGGCAGUCGAAGACAUUCUGAACCGCCAGGAGCUGCUCUCCGUGCCCCUGGAACAGGCACCCCCCGCAAUGAAGCUCGUGCAAUCCCUCAUCCCAAUCUGGGAGGACGAAACGCGCCGUUCCCUUGCCGCGGGGCGGCCUCCCCCCGCCACCCCAACCUCUGCUGACGACAGCCCCCGGGUCCCGCAGCCCCCAACUGAUGUCGAGGUCCGGUUGCGGCGGGCGGUGUACAAGCUGGCAGAAGAAGAGGAGGCCUUGCUGGGGAAAAGGCACGAUGCUAGCCCUGCUGAGGAAGAGCGGGGGGGCGCUGAACAGGGCCUCGGUCAGCUGGAAGCCGCAGGCACUCCUGGGUCAGGCGAGGGACGAGAAGGAGAGUCACAGGAGCCUUCACUGAAAGGGAGUGCGGAAGAGGGCGACCGACCAGGGCCGCAGAAGCUGCAGGUCGGAAAGGGCACGCAAGAAAGUCAGCCCGGGGAGCAACGGAGCCUUUCAGCCGGCCCCGCUUUGCCAGAAUCGCCUGGGCCACCCACCCCAGUACCACCGCCCGGGGCGUCCCCACUGCCUGGCCCGUCUCAACAAGCGCAGCGGUCUCCCUUCACGCCGGCAGGCGGGCUGGUGCGCGUGUUUGGGUCGCAGCCGGGGGGGUCUCAACGCAGCUCCCAGGGGGGGAGGGGUUUAGAAAGCCUUCUCACUCUGACGCAAGCGGCUAAUAGGGCAAAGACGGCAGGGGACAAGUCCCCGUUAGACGAUAUGGGGCUCGCCUCGCCGGAUGACUGGCGAGGGGGCGGGGGUGCUAGUCAGGAAGUCGGCGAGGGUCGUACCCCGGCUUUCAAGCGGAGCCGGUUCAGCCAGGAGGAGGGGGAUCCCUCCACAAAACCGGGGGGGAGCAAGGCGCUGGACUUCAGCGGUGCGGAAGGGAAUGAUGAGGAGGGGUUAGUGGACGAGGCGAUCAUGACGCAGGUGACGCAAGGUUUCAGCAAGGGAGUCGAGAGCGCGGAUCGAGAGUUGUACGAAGCGUUGGCGGGGCUGGGGGGGUCGGACGACGAAGAGGGGGGCGAGGGGGGCUGGGCGGUGGGGGUUGAAGAGCGAGGGGUCCCGAGGCCGGCGCAAAAGUGGAAGGGCAAAACAGCGAAAGAGGAGGGCGGAUCGUCGCAGGAGUUGUUGGAUAUUUUGGAAAUGCUGGGGGGGCAGAACGGGCGGAAAGAGAACGGGGAGGGGGCGGACGAGAAGGUGGCUGACGUCAGCAGGUUGAGGGGCGGUGGUCCGACGCUGUCCGACGACGCUGGGUGGUCGGAAGAGAUGGGCAGGGAAGGAGAAGAAGCGGAGAGGAAGGAAGAGGCGAGUGUGCGGCGCAACAGUCAGGCAGGGGGUGUGGGAAAGGGCAGAGAAGGUCUCGUCAAAAAGCCAGGGAACGGCUCUGGGCUGCAUGUAGAGCGGCCGAAUGCACUCGCCCCGCCACUCAGAAAGCCAAAGACCGAGCCCGAAGAGGGUGAGCCAGUCGGACGGCCCGUUCAAAGCGGUGCCGGGCGCUUUCCUGGCGUUUUUGCCUGCUGGCAGGGGCCGGCGAACGGACCAAACACAAAGACCGAGGAAAGGAGCGGAAGCGAAGGCGGGUCGAUGAAAGAUCCGUCCAAAGAUGAGUGCACCGGGCAGCAGCUUUCGCUGCGAGAGCAAAUGCGGCGGCAAAGGGACCGCCGGCCGACAGGGGCUGCCAAGCUAGUCGGGAGGGAGCAUAAGCGCGAGAAGAGGGGCGAGCAGAACAAAAGUACAAGCAGCGUCGACAUGGGCAGGGAGGCGGCGAGCGUUCGAGACAACACCCAGGUUGCGGAGGCGUCGAGACCAGCAAAGGCUGCCAGGUUCGGGGUCCUGUCAUUCGGGGGGCGGAAAGGGGGGGACGUGCGGUUGAGGACCCCCAAACCGGAAGCGGACGGAGCCAGUAUUGGUGGGGAGGGCGUAUUCGAAGCAAAGGACAGGGUUCAGUCGGAGCUGCGCUCCGCCGUUCUUGCCUCAGACGCAGGAGGCUUGAGCGGAAAAAGUUUGGGGGGGUUGGAUCUGGGGCGUGGAUCACAAGCGCCGGGAAAAAUGGAGGCAGCAUCAGAGGAGCGUUCGGUGUCGCAAGUCGGUGGCCUAAAACGGCGGAGCGAAAGCAGCGAGCAGCCAGAAGCAAGCAAGCUUGUCAGGAUCAAGCGCGAGCCCCUGAGCCCACAGCCUUAUCCUGCUCGCUCACCGAAGCUUCGAGGACGUUCGCUGGACGUCCACGUGUCCAGUCCCGUUCGUGCAACAAGCCAGCGGCCCUUCGAUGCUGUAUCGGAAGCUUCAGCAUCUGAUGGGACUGACAAGCUCGGUUGGGCUCCCUUGUCAUCGCCACUUCAGGCACCGAAGAGUCCCAGCACGUCCGAGGAGGCGAAUGAGGCAACGGACUUGGCUGACUUGAGGCUGGCAGCCGAACUAGGAAUCGCGGAACGGGAAGAGUCCCGAGAAGCGGAGCUGGGCACAACAGAGAUCGGAGAGGAAACGCCAGAGCAGGUUUCAGCGACGAGGGCCAACUUUGACAUGCGUCGCGAUGACCAACCCCGUGUUGAUGGGCGUGCAAAUGAGGUUACCGGGAGCGUGACGGAAGAGUACAUGGGUGCGCAGUACGGGAGUGCAGGGCCGAAAACAGCGGACGGAAGCUUGCAGGCAGAAAGGACUGCACAAGCGGAGCAUACCGGGCCAGGAUUGUCCCCUCAGCAGCAUACGGCGGCUAGGGACGAAAGUGGGGAGCUUGAAGACAUGGAGGCGGAGAGUACGUCGGAGAGUGUUUCGGAUUGGGGCAGCAGCGGGGGCAGCGAGGGGGAGGGGGCCAGCCGCGCGUUCGACGACCUGCGGCUGGCGGAAGAGCUGGGCCUCUUCAAAGAAGAGCUCCCGCCAGAUGUUGGCGACGUAGGGCGAGUGAAAACAGAGCCUGGGCUUGGAGACGAACUCGAAAGGGCGGAGGAUGAUGGAACGGGAGGUGAGGAGAAAGGCACGGAGCAAGGGUAUGCGGGGAGUUUGCUUGGGGAGGCGAGGCCUGGGCUUAGAGGAGUGAAAGAGGAGCCGACAGAAAACUGGGACCUUAAGCCCGGGCUUGGCCCCUUCGAAGGUCUGCGUGAAAGUGUCAGUCCGCCGAGCGAAGUGGCCGCAGCCAAACUGGAGGAUGAGAACAUGUCAGAGGGGGAGGAGUGGCACGACCAGCCGGGACUGCCGGCCGGAUCGGAUAUCGUUUCAGGGAGGCGGGAGUCAGUAGGUGCGGGAGCCAGUGACGGGCUGCCAGCUGGCAAUGAGUAUGUGGAAGAUGAGAAGCAAAGCCCAGUGGCCGAAACUGCCAAGCGGUUGUCUCCUGUGGGCACCGAGGGGGCUGAGGGACGCUCCUCGGCGGAAAGAGAUGUAAAUAAGCCACUGAGUAGAAGUCAGUCCCUAGAUACGGAAAAGGAGGUCGACCGGUCGAAAGAAGUAAGGGCCAGCCCGCCGUCGCCAUUUCGGUCCUCAGGCGAAUCGCCGCACCUGGCACAGCCUAGCCCCUUGAGUCCUGCCCAAGCGAGCGCCUCCCCUUCCAAAAACCCUGCCCCCAAAGACGAAAAGGCUUCCGAACUUGCGUUAGCAUUGAUUGGGAAGGAGGCGGAUCUGGAAAAUGGCGGAGACGGGUCUGGUGGGACCUUUGUUUGGAGGUACGGCACAGCAGCCCCGUCGGCCGCCCAGCUGCGUGACACGUGGCAGCAGCACGGGCUCCACGAGCACGCCUACGGCGGCGCGUUCUACGGCAACCCGAAAGACGUGCCGGAGCGGUCGGCCAUCUUUGCCGGGUUGGAAUUCAAUGUCCGCUCUCGUGCGGUUGCGGAUCUGCCCCCGGUCCCCUUCGCCCGGGCAUCAGCCCGCCCAACUAGCCGUGCUCUCAUCCUACCGGGCAACCAGGUCUUUCCUCCGGGGGGGUACGUGUCCGCCCCCGUACGGCCACCCCCAUCUCGCGCAGCUGUCGAGCGCUGGCUCGCUAGGCGACAGCGCAGAGAGGAGCGCAAAAAACGGCGGGCCGCUCGCGCGGCUGGGGGCCCCGCGGCGUUCCGCAUGAACCCCAACACGGGGGCGCUGAUCCCCGAAACCACGCAAAAGGGGGGGGACGCAAGCCAGGCGAGCGGGGGCACGGACGAGGGGCUGGAAGGGCAGCCAGAUCCUACCCCCCAGAGCGAAAGCAGCGGGUCUUCCGGCGGGAGUGAGGCGGAAGAAGGAGGAGCGGAGCAGGAAGAGGUGGUGCGGCCGGCUUCGCCCAAGUACGACGAGGCGCAGGGGCUGGGCACCCCCCUGUUUGCGGCGGGCCCUUCUCAGCGAAGGAGGACCUCUAUAGCAUCCGCGCGGCAGUCUCAGCGCAGGACUGCCGCCGGGGCGUCGCAAGCGGAGCCGCUGCGGCCCACGUCGCCCAAAUACGACGAGGCGCACGGCCUCUCGCUGCCGUACCUCGCGCUAAGGCGGGGCACAAAGCGGACCUCCUUCCAAUCCAACCCGAUCUCGGUCACGCAGCCGGCACAAGCAAAGCGGGUUCCUGCUUCUGGCCUGAUGUCACCUCCCCUCCAGAGCCCCUCGUUCCGUUCGAAGCCCCCGCUGUCGCCCGCUCACAAGGGUGUGGGGGGGUUCGAAAAGCCGGGCUCACAUACCCCGCAGAGCAGAACUCCGCUCCCUUUCCAAUGCACCCAACAGCCCGGCGGAUUCGUUACCCCGCCUGCAACCAACACACCAGACGCAAUGCCCGAGACACCCUUUCCUCAGCACAGCCAGCGGGUUCAAACUGAGGCACCGGAACCGGACUCCGGAAGCCCUCGACUUCAGGCAGACAGAAAGAGUGUCAAUUUUGCUGAACCCAAAGCGCCAGCCGCAACAGGUCCCGAGACCGCUAGACAAGGCAACAACGCUACAGAGGGCGUUCCGAACGCUGGGGGCCUGGAGUCGCCGUUCAAGAUUCCCCCGCCCCCGACCAGAGCCAGUAACAAUGUUCCCAGCCCAAAGGGGCAAGGCCCCAGUCCUUCGUCAACGUCCACGCCUGCCGUCACGGGUCAGGGAACCACGCCGAAACUCAUACGGCAUAGUGACGUCACGAAAGUUGGCCCAGGUGCCACGUCAGCGCGCGGCGCGCCGUCCCCUCCCUCGCCGGGCCCGACCUUGGGCACUUUGGGCCCCACCAUGGUGUCCCCCAAGCGCGACAGGUCGCAGAUCACGCCGCCGUCGCCGGUCGGGGGAGGCACCCCGGUUAGCCAAGUGGGCUUCAGGGACCCGGCGAUCGCUGGCGGGGGACAGCAGCUGACGCUCAUGAGCAUCGAGAUGCACGCCGCCAGCCGCGGCGACCUGCGGCCCGACCCGCGCUACGACGCGGUGGGGUGCGUGGUGGUGUCCAUCAUGGAGGACGGAACGUCUGCUGCGGAGGACGCCGCGAGCGCGGAGCCGAGCGGGGAGCUGCAGGAGCACGUGCUGGUGCUCAUCGUCGACGAAGCGCUCUCGCAAGACAAGCAGUACAGGAACCUGGACGCCCUCCCCGGCUGCGAGGUGGUGUACCUGCCGAGCGAGCUGUCGCUGCUGCACGCGUUCGUGGCGGUGGUGCGUGCGUACGACCCGGACAUCCUGGCGGGCUGGGAGGUGCAGAACGCGAGCGUGGGCUACCUCGCGGAGCGCGCCGCGCACCUCGGCCUGGGCCUGCUCAAGGCGCUCUCGCGCACGCCGCCGGGGGGCGGGCCAGAUGGGCUCGACCAGGCCCCUCCGAGCGGCGCAGCGGAGGUGGCGGGCGGCGGCUGGGCGGCGCUGGGGCGGAUGGACCCCGCGACGGCGCUGGAGGCGGAGAAGGGGAUCAUCGAGGACGAGUGGGGGCGCACGCAUGCGAGCGGGAUCCACGUGGUGGGGCGCGUCGUGCUCAACCUGUGGCGGCUCAUGCGCGGGGAGAUCAAGCUGCACAUUUACUCGCUGGAGGCAGUCGCGGAUGCGGUGCUGCGGCGAAAGGUGCCCUCCUUCCCGUGGCGUACCCUCUCCGGCUGGUUCGCCCGGGGCGUGGCCGGCGGCCGGUGGCGGUGCGUGCGCCACGUGGUGGAGCGCGCGCGCCUCAACUUCGACAUCCUGGACCAGCUGGACUUUGUCAACCGGACGUCCGAGCUCGCGCGCGUGUUUGGAAUCGACUUCUUCUCCGUCCUCAACCGGGGCUCCCAGUACCGCGUGGAGUCGAUGCUGUUGCGGCUGGCGCGCAGCCAGAACUACCUGGCCAUUUCGCCCAGCCGGCGCCACGUGGCCGAGCAGCCGGCCAUGGAGGCGCUCCCUCUCGUCAUGGAGCCCGAGAGCAGGUUCUACACCGACCCGGUGCUGGUGCUGGACUUCCAGUCUCUGUACCCAAGCAUGAUCAUCGCGUACAACCUGUGCUUCUCCACGUGCCUCGGCCGCAUCGCGCGCGGCAACCCCCGGGUGCUCGGCAUCACGCAGCUGCACCUCGCCCCGGGCACGCUGCCCGCGCUCAAGGAUGACCUCAUCCUCUCGCCCAACGGCAUCAUGUACGCGCCGCCGAAGGUCCGCCCCGGCGUGCUCCCCCGGCUGCUGCAUGAGAUCCUGACGACGCGCAUCAUGGUCAAGGCCGCCAUGAAGCGCGCGGGCCCCGGCCAGCGCGUGCUGCAGCGCAUCCAGAACGCGCGCCAGUUCGCGCUCAAGCUGAUCGCCAACGUGACGUACGGCUACACGGCCGCGGGCUUCAGCGGGCGCAUGCCGUGUGCGGAGCUCGCGGACAGCAUCGUGCAGUGCGGGAGGUACACGCUGGAGCGCGCGAUAAGCAUGGUCGAGAGCGAACCGCGAUGGGGGGCCCGCGUCGUGUAUGGGGACACUGACAGCAUGUUCGUGCUCCUCAAGGGCCGCUCGCGCGCGGACGCGCACCGCAUCGGCGCCGAGAUCGCGGCCGCCGUGACGGCCGCCAACCCGCCGCCGGUCCGCCUGCAGAUGGAGAAGGUGUACCACCCGUGCAUGCUCAUCACUAAGAAGCGCUACGUCGGCUACAUGUACGAGUCGCCCGACCAGAAGACGCCCACGUUCGACGCGAAAGGCAUCGAAACCGUGCGCCGCGACAGCUGCCCCGCGGUGGCCAAGACCAUGGAGCGCUGCCUGCGGCUGCUCUUUGAGACGCGCGACCUGUCCGCGGUCAAGCUCUACCUGCAGCGGCAGCUCGACAAGAUCCUCGCCGGCCGCGUCUCCGUGCACGACUUCGUCUUUGCCAAGGAGGUCCGUCUCGGGUCGUACAGCCCCAACGCCGCGGUCCUUCCCCCGGCCGCCAUCGUGGCCUCCAAAGCGAUGGCCAAGGACCCCCGGGCGGAGCCCAAGUACGCCGAGCGCAUACGUUAUGUCGUCGUGCAUGGGGAGCCGGGGGCGCGCCUCGUGGACAUGGUGGUAGACCCUAGCGAGCUGCUCACGCGGUGGGGCGCGCUGCGGCUGCACGGCCCGUACUACAUCACGAAGCAGAUCCUGCCCGCGCUGCAGCGCCUCUUCGGCCUCGUCGGGGCCGACCUGCGCGCCUGGUACGCCGAGAUGCCCAAAGUUCACCGCCCGCCCCCCUCCAAACGCCCCGCCAGGAACCCCCCCGCUGCGCGGUGGGGCGACUUCGGGCACGUGCCAAACGGAGGGGAGGGAGUUCCCAGCGUCGGACCCCCCGGGAAGGAGGACGAGGACGGAGCGGAGGGGGCGGAGUGGGCUAUGAUUGGCGCUGCGAACGCGGUGGAUCUCAUUUCGGGGGGGGGGCGGGGACGGUCUUCUCGGCGCGGGGGGGGAGGGACCAUCGACCAGUAUUAUUUGUCGCGGCACUGCGCGGUGUGUUCGCAGCUGACUCGCGCGGCCGAGACGGUGUGCAAGGACUGCGCGGCGCGGCCGCAGAUGGUCGGGAUGGUGCUCACGGGGCGGGCCGCGCGGCUGGAGAAGGAGUACGCGCACCUCGUGGCGAUCUGUGACACGUGCGGAGGCGCCGACGGGUCACACUCUGGGCAGAUCGCGUGCACGUCGCUGGACUGUGGCGUAUACUACGAGCGAGCCAAGGUGGAGAUGGAACUGCUCGCCAGCGCAGGACUGGCCAGUCAGUUCGGCACCUACUCAGGGAUCAACCGCUUUGUUUACUAGGACGGAAAUAGGUAUUGGGAUUGUAAGAGUCGCAAGCUGGAAGGCAUUGAGUCGAUCCAGCGUUAACUUUAGAUUACCUUGUAGGAUGUUGUGCCUCAAAAGUCAGAACUUGAACCUCAAUGUAUAGGCGCGCGCGCUCAGGGUAGGUUCAAGCCUUGUUAAGCUUGCGUACAUACAAAAGCACAAGCGUAGGAAGAAAGUUAAUACGGUGGUAAAGCAUUAAACUGUAAUGGCCCACAGGUGCCAGCCUUUGUGGCUCUUGCCACGACAGCGGUCUAAUGAGAGUAUGGUAGGUCCAGCUUUACGAAUUGUCCGACCUUCUUCGCCAGCUCUAAAUAGAUACUCGAAGCACGCCAUGGCCAGAAGAAUAUGGGUCUGGUAAAGAACGUUGUGAAGGUUGUUUGGUUGCACACGGUCA